AUGUCGAGUAAGGAAAGGACGGAACCUCAGUGGGUGACGCCAUCGUCAAACCAGGUAUCACAGCAAGAUGUACCUCCCGAUUAUGAGACAAUUGGAACAAUUUUCGGGUACGCGCUUCAAGCACUCUCAUGGCUACUUAUCAUCCUAACAUUCCCAUUCUCUAUGUGUGUAUGUUUGAAGGUCAUCAAAGAAUACGAAAGAGUUGUAAUAUUCCGCAUCGGUCGAUUAGUUUUCGGAGGAGCCCGUGGACCCGGUAUGAUCUUCAUUAUCCCCUGCAUCGACACGUAUCGCAAGAUUGACCUUCGUGUUGUCUCUUAUGCUGUUCCACCACAGGAAAUUCUCUCAAAAGACUCGGUGACAGUUUCUGUUGAUGCUGUUGUUUAUUUCCGCACAUCGGACCCAAUCGCUUCCGUGAAUAAUGUCGACGAUGCUAUUUAUUCGACGAAAUUGCUCGCACAGACCACAUUGAGAAAUGCGCUUGGUAUGAAGACUUUGACUGAAAUGCUUACUGAGCGUGAAGCUAUUGCUCAACUUUGCGAAACCAUCCUCGACGAAGGAACUGAACAUUGGGGAGUUAAGGUAGAAAGAGUUGAGGUUAAAGAUAUUCGUCUUCCCCAACAGCUUACACGUGCUAUGGCUGCCGAAGCCGAAGCUGCUCGUGAGGCCCGUGCUAAAGUCGUCGCCGCUGAAGGAGAACAAAAGGCUUCUCGAGCUCUUAAAGAAGCCGCUGAUGUCAUCCAGGCAAAUCCAGUAGCGCUUCAGCUUAGGCACUUGCAAGCUCUCAACAGCAUUGCAGCUGAGCACAACUCUACUAUUGUUUUCCCAGUCCCAGUGGAGAUGUUCGGAGCAUUCAUGAAGAAAGAUCAAUAA